AUGGACGACCAGUUGAAGGCAGCCAAGCAAUUCGCUGAAUUCGGUCCGCUGCGCUCCCAUGAUCAUCUCCAUUCAAGCGCCUGGGAGGGCAAUGAGUUCCCCACUCCGAUUGAGGAUUUGCCGGGGCUGUUCUACGUUUUGACCACCUACAUCAGCUACCUGAUCCUGAUCAUGACCGGGCACUUGCGCGACUUUUUCGGCAAGAUGUUCCGCAAGGAACAUUACAAGCAUCUUCUGGAGCAGGAUGGAUACGCCCCGCUCAACAGCGAUUUCGAAGAGUUCUACGUGCGCCGAUUGAAAACACGCAUCAAUGACUGCUUUUCACGGCCUACGACCGGUGUUCCUGGCCGAUUCAUUACCCUCCUCGAGCGAAAGUCAAACGACAACAACCAAAGCUUCCGGUUCACGGGAAAGACCAUCGAGACGCUCAAUAUGUCUUCGUACAAUUACUUAGGGUUCGCUCAGUCCGAAGGUCCGGUUGCGGACGCGGUUGAGACGUCCAUUCGCCAAAAGGGCAUCAGUCUCACCAGCUCUCGGGCCGACGCCGGUACCUCCGACCUCCAUAUUGAAGUCGAAGAUCUCGUGGCCAAAUUCGUCGGCAAGCCUGCCGCCAUCGUCUUCAGCAUGGGCUUCGUAACGAAUUCGACCGGGUUCCCUUCCUUGGUUGGCAAAGGCGAUUUGAUCAUCUCCGAUGAACUCAACCACUCCUCGAUUCGCAACGGAGCCCGUCUAUCCGGCGCGAUGAUCACCUCCUUCGCUCACAACGACAUGGAAGACCUGGAGCGGAUCCUCCGGGAACAUAUCUCGCAAGGCCAGCCCCGAACGCAUCGCCCAUGGAAGAAGAUCUUGGUAGCCGUGGAAGGCCUGUACAGCAUGGAGGGAACCAUGUGCAACCUUCCGGGUCUGGUCGCGCUCAAGAAGAAGUACAAGUACAACCUCUUCGUCGACGAGGCCCAUUCCAUCGGCGGACUUGGCCCGCAAGGCCGCGGAGUAUGCGAUUACUUCGGUAUCGACCCCGCCGAUGUUGACAUCCUGAUGGGGACCCUGACCAAAUCAUUCGGUGCUAAUGGCGGUUACCUCGCUGCCGAUGAAGCCAUCAUUCGGAAACUCCGCUGCAUGAACGCCGCCUCCCUCUUCGCUGAGUCACCCACUCCCCCAGUGUUGGUACAAAUUGCCGCCGCUCUCAAGAUGAUCUCCGGCGAGAUCCACCAAGGCGAAGGCCGCGAGCGACUCCAGCGCCUCGCCUUCAACUCCCGCUACCUCCGCCUAGGCCUCAAGCGCCUCGGCUUCAUCGUUUAUGGCCACGAUGAUAGCCCCAUCAUCCCCAUCAUGUUGUACCACCCGGCCAAAAUGCCCGCCUUCAGCCGCGAGAUGCUCAAACGCAAGAUCUCCGUCGUCGUCGUCGGCUACCCGGCCACCCCGCUCAUCAGCUCGCGCGCCCGCUUCUGCGUGUCCGCCGCCCACACCAAGGAGGACCUCGACCUCAUGCUCCGCGCCUGCGACGAGAUCGGCGACAUCCUGCAGCUGAAGAUCAGCUCCGGCAUCUCCGGGGGGGCGUACCCCGAGGACGAACAGGUCGAGGACAUCGAUCCGAAGACCGGGGCGCUAUUGAAGAGCAUCAUUAAGGCGCCCCGGUGGCAGCUGGACGACGUGCUGCUGCGCGGUGUGGAGGACACCAAGCUGCCUCUACGGUAA